AUGGAUGUGGGUCGACAGCGAACAGCGGGUGGCGCGAACGCUGCAGUCGAGGUAGGUACAGUACCUGGCAGUCCAGCUGUACAGAUGCUUGUUCGCUGGAUGCCGACUGGCUUCGAGGUUGUCGUGUUUCUUCAACGCUGCCUCAGCAAGGUCGAAGCAGGGAACAAAGUUGCGGGACUCGUACCAGAGUAG